CGCGCGACUCCGCGGCCGGGGUCCCCCACGCUGCUGCCCGCCCCCCGCCGGCGCGCGCACGCCUAGCCCGCGGGCUGGCAGACACGCGCUCGCCACCUCCCCCGCCGGCCCCUACGCGCCACCCCCGAUCCCGAGGGCCCCGCGUCCAGAAGGCGAGGCCCUGCUCUCCCCCUGCGCAGCCUGGCGGCCCCGGCGACUCCCCACGCACGCCAUGCCGGCCCUGCUGCUGCUCGCGACGCUGGCGUUGCUGGCAUCGGCUGCGGGCCCUGCUGGGGCGCGUCCACCCAACGCCACGCACGCCACGCCCCCGGGCCCGCUGCCCGCGCUGCUCGCGCACCUGCGGCGCCUGACCGGGGCGCUGGCGGGGGGCGGGGGUGCGGCGGGCGCGGGCGCCAACGGCACCAAGACGGGGCCCGCUGGCAGCCCGGGCGCGGCGGCACGCGCCCCGCCACCGGCCGAGUUGUGCCACGGAUACUACGACGUCAUGGGCCAGUACGACGCCACCUUCAACUGCAGCACAGGCUCCUACCGCUUCUGCUGCGGCACGUGCCACUACCGCUUCUGCUGCGAGCACCGCCACAUGCGCCUGGCGCAGGCGUCCUGCUCCAACUACGACACGCCUCGCUGGGCCACCACACCGCCGCCACUGGCUGGGGGCGCGGGCGGCGCGGGCGGCGCGGGCGGGGGCCCCGGGCCCGGCCAGGCCGGGUGGCUGGAGGGCGGUCGUGCGGGGGGUGCCGGGGGGCGUGGGGGCGAGGGCCCAGGGGGCAGCACGGCCUAUGUCGUGUGCGGGGUCAUCAGCUUUGCCUUGGCCGUCGGGGUCGGCGCCAAGGUGGCCUUCAGCAAGGCGUCGCGCGCGCCCAGGGCGCACCGGGAGAUCAACGUGCCCAGGGCGCUGGUGGACAUUCUGCGACAUCAGGGGGGGCCCGGGACCCGCCCAGACCGAGCCCGAAGCAGCUCCCUGACGCCGGGGAUCGGGGGUCCGGACAGUAUGGGCCCCAGGACGCCCAAGAACCUCUACAACACCAUGAAGCCAUCCAACCUAGAUAACCUGCACCACAACUACCUGCACCUCAACGUCAGCAGCCCCACACACCACGCUGCCACGCUGGACUGGCGUGGGGUGCCCCCGCCCAGCCCCCCACUGCACUACUCCACGCUGUCCUGUUCCCGGUCCUUCCACAACCUCUCCCACCUACCCCCCUCAUACGAGGCGGCUGUGAAGUCGGAGCUGAACCGAUACUCCUCCCUGAAGAGGCUCGCUGGGCCCCACAGGUCGCGCCCCGGUCCCAGCCCUGGGGUGCAGCGCGGCUGGCUCAGGCUGUGGGACGCCCGCGACCCGCGCCCUGCCUCCGUCCCCAGCCGAGAGGGACUUGGACGACGCGUACCUGAAGCGGCGGCCACUGAACGAGGGACCCCGUGGGACGCUGCCGCUUCACGCGCUGCGGCGCCCGGGCACCGGGGGCGGCUACCGCACGGACGCCUGGGGCCCGGAGGCGCUGGGCCUGGCGCCCGCGCCGCACCCGCGCCGGGUGAUGUCCCAGGAGCACCUGCUGGGCGACGGCGGCCGCGCGCGCCCCGAGUUCACGCUGCCGCGCGCGCGCCUGGUGUCGCAGGAGCACUUGCUGCUGUCGUCGCCCGAGGCCCUGCGCCAGAGCCGCGAACACCUGCUGUCCCCGCCGCGCAGCCCCGCGCUGCCCCCCGAGUCCGCGGCGCGCGCCAGCCUGGCCGCCUCUCACUCCAACCUGCUGCUGGGGCCCGCAGGGCCGCCCACGCCGCUGCACGCGCUGCCCCCAGCUGGCCUGCACGCGCCGCUGCACCACCACGCGCUGCACGGCUCCCCGCAGCCCGCCUGGGCCGCCGAGGGCGGGGGGACGCUGGCGCGCCGCGCGCCCUUCCAGCGCCAGGGCACCCUGGAGCAGCUGCAGUUCAUCCCCGGCCACCACCUGCCGCAGCACCUGCGCACUGCCAGCAAGAACGAGGUGACCGUGUGACCCCGCCUUGCGGACCUCGCCGCCGCAGGGGAGGGGGCUGCGUGCGAGGUGGCGGAAGAAGGGUCAUGGCCUGCAGUGUCACUGCAGGGAGGACGCUGCCUUCCCAGCAGGCCAUCGCCGAGGGACAGGCGCCCGUGAGCACAUCACCCACGCUGUGUGUGCUACCUGCAGCACCACGACAAAGACCUCAUUCCGGUGGUGUCGCUGACAGUCUGUCCCCUAAGAUUGCGCCCUCUGACAUCGCCUCAGAGGCCAGUCCCUCGCUCCCAGGUCGGCUGACCCCCGCCUCUGAGCACCAUCCUCACGUGGAGUCGGUUUCUUCCUGUGUCUGCUGUGGAGAUGUCCGACGCUGUCACUGCUCCGGUCAAAGCCAUCUCCUCGGGACACGGUGUAGGGGAAACGCCCUGCAACUGUGUCAUCGCCCGCGCCUUGGCCUCCUUUCCACAGGGUCACAGGUCGCCACCUCCCUUACCCUUAUGACGCAAUUGCCAGAGAAGGUGCCUUUCCCCAUGAUGCGGUCAGAGGGAUGUGCCUCCUCCUGGGGUGUCUCCAGAGGUGACUGACUGCUUCUGGGACCCCCACAGGGGAGUCACCUUCCACAAGGUCGCUUCCAGAUGCUCCCCUUGGGGGUGACAGGAGCAGAUACUCCACUGCUGUGCUUUGUCCUGAGCAGCCACUCUCCCUGGUGCGUGGUGCCAGGCCCAUGCUGGGGAGGGCGGCAGUGAAUGUGCUGUUCUGAGAUGUUGCUGACUGGUGCCAGCACUCUGGAGACCACCCUGGCACCAGAGGCCACCCCUGAGGAGGUGAUGGCCAGUCUGUCAAUGGGCAGUGGCAAUGACCCUCUGCAGCCACAUCACUACUGAAGGUGUCCUCCUCAGGCAGAGCACCCGCCUCCUCCCAUCUGUACCCAGGGAUGGGACACAGCAACUGCCAAGCCCCCAUCAAGGGAGGACAAGCUCCAGGUCUGACCCGUGCGGGACUCCUCAAGGAUGGCUCCCCAGCCAAUUCCUUCUGCCAUAUCUGGAGAUGUCAUCAACUCUCCUGACAAAGCUCUGGCAAAGAGGGCUGGGAUGCCUGCUCUCGACCCUGCCGCAGAUGUCCCCUGUGCCACACCAAGCUCCCCAUUCGUGAUGGAACAGCACAUGGGGGCAUAUUAACCACCCCGUUUCCCAGGAUUUGGUGACCCCUCUCCACUAGCCUUCCAUCCUCCUCCAGGAUCUACUGUCACUCACAGUGUCACCACCAACCACGAUUCUUCACAUCCAUGGUGUCACCACUUCCCAGGAGCCAUACAGCCAAGAGUGUCUUCAGCCCCAGGACCCACUCCAGCCAGCGUCUUCACAUCCAAGAGGUGUGACAGCCAAGGUGUCGUCCCUUCCUUUGUGAUGCCGUCUUCUGGAGAUCCAUGAAGACCAUAGAGUCACGACCUCCCUAAAUGUGUGCUGGCUCUGCAAUGUCACAUCCCAGGGCUGUCACCUCCCUGACAGGUGGAUCUGCCUCCUAGGAUCAUCGCAGCCAUGACUUCAUUGCUUCCCAGAAUCCACCAACCCACAGUGUCAUCAACCCCAGGAGUCGUGAGAGUCAAAGGUGACUUUACCUCCCAGGAACACUCAACCAUAGUGUCUUUGUCCCCGGAUGCCUGUGGGCAGUGGUGUCGUCACUCAGAGUCCAUUUCAGCCUUGGUGUCGCUGCUUCCCUCACUCAGCACACCUGUGAUGUGUGUCAUCAGCACUGAGAUUCACCAUGACCCUGGUGUCCCCACAUCCAUGACAACAGUGAUAUCAUCAGCUCCAGAGACCCACCAUGCUCAAGUCACCACCAUGUCUCAUCCCUGAGGACCCAUCAUGGCACUGCCUUCCAAGACCUUGUAAUGGUCAUCUGCGUGGCUCCUGAGAUUCACAAUGAGGACUGCAUCACCACCUCCUGGGAUCUGUAACAGCCAGUGGUGUUAUUUCCCAGAGUCCUUUUCAACCAUGGCAUCAUCAGCUCCCAGGACCCAGGAAACACGUCUUGUGGUCAUGAACGAGGCAACGCCCUGAUUGUGUGCAGUCACCUCACAGGGCCCACCGUCUUAGGGCCAGGCACCUCGAUGAGCUGUGUGGUUGUGCCCCGAGUGGUGUGGCGUUCAUAGGUCCCUUCGGGAAACUAGCACAGCACGUGUGCCCCACACCUCUGUCGCCCUUGGGGAGAGCCAGCAUCCCCUCUGAAGCCAUCCCCCACUCUGACCCCUCACAUUGAGUGUCACUGCCUUGCUCUAGACUAAGGUGGAUGCCAGGACCUGCCCCCCAGACUUGGGCAUGGCCACCUCCCCCUGAGCACUGAUGAGGGCAUCCAGGCCCCCACCAGCCAUCAGAUCGGUGACAGGGUGACCUCAGCAUGCUAUUACUACCGAGGUGGAGUCUCCAGGCAGGCCCUCAGGAGGUGCUGCCGCCCCCUUCCCCUUCUGGUCCCCGGGCCACACCACAAUCAGUGGUUGCUGGGUGGUGCCACAUCUGCUGGAGGGCUCAGGGCCCAGGUGUCCCCUCAGUGCUGUUUUGAGGCCCAAUCUAGGCAGGCUCCACCCUGUCCCCGGCACUGUACAUAGCCAUGUUGAGGGGCAGUGUUCUCCACUCUUAAAAGGGCUACACCGUUCCCCAGCCCCAGGAGAAGUGGGGACCCCCCCUCCUUAAGACCUCUUUAGUUACUGGCCUCUGGGUCUGCCCAUGUGAGGUGCAUGGGGCAGGAACUGGCCUCAGCUGCCACAAGGAUGGUGGGGAGCGGGUCCCUGAAACCUGCCAGGCCCUGGCCAGCUUUGUAUCACCACUGCACCCCCAUCCCGCAGUGUGCUCAGGCAGACUGGGGUGCACCCGGAGAGAAGCCAGACAGUCCCUGCCCCACUUGCCACCCCACAAGACUCAGCUUUCUGCAGCUUUCCCAGAUGUGGGGUUCAGGUGCACACCCCCUCCACCUGCCCACUCCUGCCUGGACUCUGGGGGCCCAGCCCCCACCUUUUGCUCUUAUUUGGCACAGGUGGCCUGAUGGGGCCCCACACUCUCAUCUCAAAGAGGCCACAGAGGAGAAAGGCCUAAGAGUGCUGGCAGGCCUGAGCGGGAACUGGUCACCUUCAGCCUCCCUGUCCUUCCACACUCCCUUGCAAACUGUACACAGAGACCCAAGACUGUGCAGAGUGGUAUGUGCACCACCCUGCUGGGCACCUAGGGGGCCGUGGUAGAGAGAACAGGAGCAGCGCUGGGCCAGAAGACACCCACGCUGCCCUUCCUUUCCCCAGCAUCCAGCCACCCUCAGCACUGGCCCUGCUCAGGCCCCAGCGGAGCUGCAACAUGGUAUUUUUGGAAUAAACAGAUGUUUUCCUGA